UGAAAACAAAAGUGAAAUUAAUCCUUAGGAGGAAGUUUUUUUCUUAAUUUUGCUCGGCCCCAUACGAUUACGAUUACCUCAGUACUUAUGAUCUCGGCCUAGUAAUUUUUUCACAGGAGUUGUUGAUUCAAAUUGUCUGUUGAAAGAAGGGACUAUUCCGCCUCUACUACAUGACUAUGAAAAAAGUUCUUUUCCAUUACACCAACGAAAAAGGUGCUGAAGCUAUCAACGAAGAACAAGUGAUCAAAGCCUCUACCAAAGCAAACGAUGACGCUGCGUUUGGAGAAGGUACCUAUUUCACGUCCAAGAAUCCCAUUGAUCACAGCAAGGAACAAAUAAGAAGGAAUAACUAUGAUGAUGGACCAUCUUAUUACAACAGUAAACAGUUUGAGGAUAAGACUGACUAUGUAGUUGCGGUCAGCUUAGGAGAGGACGAGUUCAACAAGGUCGACGGAACCAAACGGGAUAUCUAUGUUGCUCCAGGUGAUGUCGAUCUUACAACGCAUGAUCAUCUGAUCCUGAAAAACAAAUAAGUUACUUGAAAAAAAGAUCUCAUUGUAUUCUGAUCAGGAAAAAAAGCGUGUUGGCCGUAAACGAAUUAAAAUUGAAAUAAAUCUAAAAAUAACCCAGUAAAAAGGAA